AUGCAGUCGACGAACCCCGACAAUUUCUUCCACACAACAGCCUCCUUAGAGGACAGCCGUCGGAAGGCUGGAAAGUCCGGAAACAAAAAUGGCAGUCCGAUCAAACUCCCCAGCAAGAUUCUAGCGAUUGCCGCCGAUCCGUUCAAUACUGAUUCGGUGUUUGUUGCGGAGAGCUCUGGUGUCUUGAGAGUCGUCGCGCUUGAAACAAGCGAAACGACCGCAAUCUACAGAGGACCUACGGCACCGCUGACCAGCCUGUGCUUUUCCACUGAUGGGAGGACGGUAUUUGCUGGAUGUUGGGAUAAAAGCAUCUGGAGCUGGGACGUGAAAACUCGCAAAGCGGGACGCAAAUAUGUUGGCCACAACGAUUUUGUGAAAGCCGUUCUAUGCCCGAAUACUGCAGGCCGUAAUCUCCUUGUUUCCGGUGGUGCAGAUGCAGAUGUACUUGUUUGGGAUAUCUCGGACGGCAAAAUCCUCCAUGUCUCCCAGAAUCAUUGCCGUGGGAUUCAGAGUCUGGCUCAAGAUCCCGUUGUGACGGACGAUAGUACUUCCAUCACCGUGUUCAGUGCGGGCAGUGACCGCACAAUUUUGUGCUUUCGCAUACCCAUAAAUGCAGGAAGCAUGACGGUGGCAGAGUCCAUCCUUGAGCACGAAACGAGCGUUUACAAGCUACUUUUCGAUGAAGAUGGCGACCUGUGGACUGCUUCCGCCGAUAAGACUGCAAAGUGCCUGGCACGAGAAAAUGGGUGGAAAUCAGAGCUAAGUAUGGAGCAUCCCGACUUUGUACGGGACGUCGCUGUACACGAGGCCGGCGGGUGGGUGGUCACUGCAUGUCGCGACGAGGAAACUGGCGAACUCCAUCAUACCUACUCGGGCCAUUUUGAAGAAGUCACUGGCCUGGUGUUGCUUGGAACAAAGGUGGUUAGCGUCAGUAUUGAUGCUACGAUUCGACAGUGGUCUUUACGCCCAGAAGAUAUUCGCCAGGCAAAACUAGAGGCCAGCGGCGCUGCCGCGGAGGACGAAGAGCCACCGCGCGGACAGUCGAUGUUAACCGCGGACGAAGAGCGGGAGUUGGAUGAGUUACUAAAUGACGAUUGA